GAAACGGAGUGAAAAUAAGUGUUGAGUGAAGUGGUGGAAAAACUUAAAUUUUCCGGCUUCAAAAUGGCUGGGAAUCAGGGAAUGGAAUCUCUAAUUCCUAUAGUGAAUAAAUUGCAAGAUGCUUUCACACAACUGGGCGUUCACAUGUCAUUGGAUUUGCCGCAAAUCGCGGUCGUGGGCGGACAAUCGGCUGGAAAAAGUUCCGUUUUGGAGAAUUUCGUUGGAAGGGAUUUCUUACCCAGAGGUUCUGGAAUCGUAACCAGGCGGCCUUUGAUUCUCCAACUCAUAAAUUCUAAUACAGAAUUUGCGGAAUUUUUGCAUUGCAAAGGCAAAAAGUUCGUAGACUUCAAUGAAGUCAGAUUAGAAAUUGAAGCUGAAACUGAUAGGGUCACUGGGGGCAAUAAAGGCAUAUCCAAUGUUCCUAUAAAUCUUCGAGUUUAUUCACCAAAUGUGUUGAAUUUGACCCUUAUUGAUUUGCCUGGUUUGACCAAAGUUCCAAUUGGCGACCAGCCUCCAGAUAUAGAAAAUCAAAUCAAAGCAAUGAUCUUCCAGUUUAUUAAACGCGAGUCAUGCCUUAUAUUGGCUGUGACUCCAGCUAAUACAGAUUUGGCUAAUUCAGAUGCCCUGAAAUUGGCAAAGGAAGUGGAUCCUCAAGGUAUUAGAACAAUAGGUGUAAUAACAAAAUUAGAUUUGAUGGACGAAGGUACAGAUGCACGUGAUAUCCUGGAAAAUAAACUUUUGCCGUUAAGGCGAGGCUAUAUUGGUGUAGUCAAUAGAUCUCAGAAGGAUAUCGACGGCAGAAAAGACAUAAAUGCUGCUUUGGCAGCUGAAAGAAAAUUCUUCUUAAGUCAUCCAGGUUAUAGACACAUAGCUGAUAGGUUAGGCACUCCAUAUCUACAGCGGGUUCUGAAUCAGCAACUUACAAAUCAUAUUCGAGAUACACUGCCUGGUUUGCGGGAUAAAUUACAAAAACAACUCUUGGCUCUUGAAAAAGAUGUGGACCAAUAUAAGCAUUUUAGGCCAGAUGAUCCUAGCAUUAAAACCAAAGCUAUGUUACAGAUGGUUCAACAAUUAACAUCAGACUUUGAAAGAACGAUAGAGGGUUCAGGUUCAGCUCAAAUAAACACAAUGGAAUUGUCAGGAGGAGCUAAAAUAAAUCGAUUGUUUCAUGAACGAUUUCCUUUUGAAAUUGUCAAAAUGGAAUUCGACGAGAAAGAGUUGAGGAGGGAGAUUGCAUUUGCCAUUAGAAAUAUUCAUGGUAUCAGAGUCGGUUUGUUCACGCCGGACAUGGCUUUUGAGGCAAUAGUGAAGAAACAAAUUGCACGGUUAAAAGAACCUUGCUUGAAAUGUAUUGAUUUAGUAGUGCAGGAAUUAUCAAAUGUUGUCAGAAUUUGCACAGAUAGGAUGUCACGAUAUCCUCGUUUGCGAGAAGAAACAGAACGCAUUAUAACAACCCAUGUCAGGCAGAGGGAACAAAUGUGCAAAGAGCAAAUCAUAUUGUUAAUAGAUUGUGAAUUAGCUUAUAUGAAUACAAAUCAUGAAGAUUUUAUUGGCUUUGCAAACGCUCAAAAUCAGUCUGAAAACGCCGCAAAAUCAGGCACAACGAGAGGUGGGCUAGGAAAUCAAGUAAUUCGCAAGGGUUUCAUGUGUAUACACAAUUUAGGAAUAAUGAAAGGUGGUUCACGAGAUUAUUGGUUUGUUCUAACUUCUGAGAAUGUAUCUUGGUAUAAAGAUGAAGAAGAGCGUGAGAAGAAAUAUAUGUUAAGUUUAGAUGGAUUAAAAUUGAGGGAUAUUGAACAGGGAUUUAUGUCACGUAGACAUAUGUUUGCUCUAUUCAAUCCUGAUGGCAGAAAUGUAUAUAAGGAUUAUAAACAAUUGGAAUUGUCUUGUGAAAAUCAAGAUGAUGUUGAUUCAUGGAAAGCAUCUUUCCUUCGAGCUGGUGUCUAUCCCGAGAAGGCAACAGAGCAAGCUAAUGGAGAUGAUAGCUCAGGUGACAGUGUGAAUACCAGUAGCAUGGACCCUCAACUGGAACGACAAGUUGAGACCAUCAGGAGUCUUGUAGAUUCUUAUAUGAGGAUUGUGACAAAAACCACUAGAGAUUUAGUUCCAAAAACUAUUAUGAUGUUGAUCAUCAACAAUUCUAAAGAUUUCAUCAAUAGUGAACUGUUGGCACAUCUAUAUGCCUCAGGAGACCAGUCACAAUUGAUGGAGGAAAGUCCUGAAGAAGCAAUAAAACGAGAAGAAAUGUUACGAAUGUAUCAUGCCUGCAAGGAAUCAUUGAGGAUCAUAGGUGAUGUAUCUAUGGCGACUGUGACGACGCCAGUUCCACCGCCGGUUAAAAAUGAUUGGCUGGCGGGGACAUUAGAAAAUAAUCCUAGGUUAUCACCUCCAAGUCCUGGAGGACCGAGACGAGCAGCUCCUGUAUCAGCACAAGGUUCACUUGGUGGAGCACCAGGCGGAGGUCGCGCACCACCGCCGGCACCAGCAAGUGGCAGACCUGCUCCAGCAGUGCCGAAUCGCCCUGGAGGUGCAGCACCGCCUCCAGUUCCACAAGGACGCCCCGCUGGCGGACAAGCGCUUCCCGCUCCUCUGAUACCAUCCCGUGUUCCUGGUGGUGCAGCAGGAGCAAUGAGGCAGCAAAUCAAUCAGCAAAUUGGCCAGGCUGUCACCAAUGCGGCCAUGAACGAGCUGUCCAAUGUCUUUGCCAGCAAAUUCAAUCGACCUGUACCAAACGUGCCACCGAAAAUACCAGACCGACCCUACGGAAGGUUCAACUAGUUAUAGAAAUUAUCCUGUAAUAAAUGUAUAUGUAAAUUAAUUAUACAAGUCAAAUUCUUAAUGGUAACUAAAGAUAACGAAUCACGGUGUACGUGCGAAUGGAAAUUCUUCAGAACUUGUAAAUUGAAAUGGAAACAAGUAGAAGAAUCUGGUGUUGCAUUUAGACAAGACAAAAUGCAUGCAAGUAACUUUAUAAAUUAAAUUCAACCAUUUGUAUUAAAUGCCAGAAGUUGCAAUUUUUUUAAACAUUGUUGCAACUGACACUCUGAAACUAGUUUAAAGUUGUUUGACAAUCGUACAGGAUGAUAAUAUUUUUAUUUUGGUGGUGCCCAUGAUGAAUGACGAUUACUCAGAUCCAAAAUUAAAUUUUUUAUAAUUAGAUACAAGAGAAAAGGUAAAUUUAUAUACAUAUAGACGUCGUAAGAAGUUCUUUACAACCUAUAUACCAUUUGGAAUGCUUGGAAUGUGAUUAAGGUAUUUAUAUUAAAAAUUUUAGACAUUGUUUCCAAUUUCAAAGCACAUUUAUUUUAUGGCGCGUGUGUAAAUGUGCAUGUAUAUAUGUACGAAUGUGUGAUGAUUUAUAGAGCAUAUUUUUAUUAAUUUUAAAUAGUAUUAUUAAGAGUUAUUGAAGUACAUAUCGCAUAUUUAAGAUAAGUUUGGGUUAACUUGAUAAUAUGGUCAAAAUUAUGAAAGAGGGUAGUUGGUCAAAAUUAUGAAUAUUUCGUCAAAAGUAGUCAUACCUAUGAUGGACUUGUAUUAUAUUUAUAUAGUUUUAAUAAUUUUGUGGAAAUAUUCACUGAUUGUAAAACAGUUUCUUUAUAUAUAAUUAUAUAAAAUAAUUAAAUCACUUUAAAAUCAAAAUUGAUACUUUGAGAUGUAAAAGCUUGGAUUUCUUUUAGA